AUGCGUCUUCUAACAUACACUUUGAAAUUUGGAAGAAGUAUAGGGGUGUUUCCCGUUUUUAUUUCCAAAAAGAACAACAUAAAAUAUAUUUUAUAUAAAUUGUAUCUUCUGCUGAGUUCGUGUCUAAUUUUAUUUUCGGCAUUAGUGACUAUAAAGAUCAAAAUAAAGAAUAGUUAUUAUAAUAGAGUUACUUACAAUGUUAUCGAUGUUAUUUGUUAUUUUGUAGAGUUUAUUUUUAUCUUAGUAUGCAGAAUCACAGCUAUUAUUCAUCAAAACCUAUAUGUGAAAUUGUGUCAAAGAUUUAAUACAUUAGAAAGAUGUCUAAAUUGUACCAAUUUUGCUCCAAAGAAAGCAAAUACAAACAAUUUAAUCAUUAGAAUAUUAAUUUUGCAUGCCGUGCUUUUUGGUGUACACAUAAGGGAAUUGAUUAUUAAAUUGAAGAAAGGAGAAUACGAGUUUUUGUUAGCAGCGCUGAAUCAUGUAACUACUAUGUAUUAUCAGAUCGUCAUUUUUCAGUUUAUUGUGCUUGCUAAUCAUAUUCUACUUACCAGUAGUGCUUUGGCCUUUAAAGUAUCAGCUGCGCCCGACUUGACAGCCCAAGAAGAUCUUAAAGACGCGUUUUUUUAUUUUAAGGAUGAUGUCGAGAUUAAUGUUUCUUUGGAUACUGCUAUAAGGCUCCAUUCUACUGAUACUUUUUAG